CCGGCUCGGAAGACCCAGAAUUCCCUUCGUCGCUGAAGAUGGCGGCGCCCUUGCUCCGCGGCUUGUCUCUGGGCAGGCUGCGGCUCUGGCCCCGGGGGUUGCGGGAGGCGCACUCUAGCGCCCGGGGUCUGCUGGCGGCCCUGAAGGCCCGGGGUCUGUUCAAGGACUUCUUCCCCGAGAGCGGCACGAAGGUGGAGCUCCCCGAGCUCUUCGAGCGCGGCAGGGCGGGCUCCUCCCCGCAGACCGUGUACUGCGGCUUCGACCCCACGGGCGACUCGCUGCACGUGGGGCAUCUGCUGGCGCUGCUGGGCCUGUUCCACUUCCAGCGAGCCGGCCACAACGUGAUCGCGUUGGUGGGCGGCGCCACGGCGCUCGUGGGCGACCCCAGCGGCCGGGCCCAGGAGCGCGAGGCGCAGCGCGCUGACCGCGUCCGGGCCCACGCGCGCGCCCUGCGCCGCGGCCUCGAGGCCCUGGCCGCCAACCACGAGCGGCUCUGCGCCGAGCGGCGCGCCUGGGGCACCUUCACCGUCCUGGACAACUCCGCCUGGUACGACACGCAGCCCCUGGUGGACUUUCUGGCCACGGUGGGCAGACACUUCCGCAUGGGCACGCUGCUGAGCCGACUGAGCGUGCAGACCAGACUCAAGAGCCCCGAGGGCAUGAGCUUGACCGAGUUCUUCUACCAGGUGCUCCAGGCCUACGACUUCUAUUACCUGUUCCAGCGUUACGGAUGCCGCGUCCAGCUAGGCGGGUCUGAUCAGCUGGGCAACAUCGUGUCUGGAUACGAAUAUAUCCACAAGUUGACUGGAGAAGAUGUAUUUGGAAUCACUGUCCCUCUGAUUACAAGUACAACUGGAGCCAAACUGGGAAAGUCUGCUGGCAAUGCUGUUUGGCUGAACAGGGAGAAAACGUCUCCAUUUGAAUUGUAUCAAUUCUUUGUCAGACAGCAAGAUGAUGCUGUGGAAAGGUACCUGAAGCUCUUCACUUUUCUGCCCCUUCCAGAGAUUGACAGUCUUAUGCAGCUGCAUGCCAAAGAACCAGAAAAGCGGGUUCCUCAGAAGCGACUUGCUGCAGAAGUAACAAAACUUGUGCAUGGACCAGAAGGGCUGGAUUCUGCUAAAAGGUGUACACAAGCCCUGUAUCAUAGUAGCAUAGAUGCACUUGAGCUCAUGUCUGAUCAAGAGUUAAAAGAAUUAUUUAAAGAAGCUUCAUUUUCUGAAUUAGUUCUUGAUCCUGGAACAAGUGUCCUAGAUACAUGUCGCAAAGCAAAUGCCAUUCCAGAUGGUCCCCGAGGGUAUCGGAUGAUAACAGAAGGUGGAGUCAGUAUAAAUCACAGACAGGUAACAAAUCCUGAGAGCGUGUUAGUUAUUGGACAACAUAUUCUCAAGAAUGGACUUUCCUUACUUAAAAUAGGGAAAAGGAAUUUUUACAUUAUAAAAUGGCUUCAGUUGUAAAAACUUUGUUCAAAAUUUGUCAUUUAUUCUCAAAACAUGAAAUGUUGGCCAAAAAAGUAUGAUUGCAUAUACACUAGACUUCCUCCGUGUAAUUAUUUUUAAGUUAAUAAAUAAGGUGCUAUUAA